AUGUAUGGUGGGACCGAAACUUGUGUUCGUGUGCCAGUAGGGGAUAGUGAUUUUUUCCCUGUGGAGAUAGGACUCCACCAAGGGUCUGCAUUGAGUCUAUUUCUCUUUGUAGUUGUCUUGGAUGAGUUGUCAAUUUCGUUGAAGGAGUCGAUUCCGUGGUGCAUGCAUUUUGUAGAUGAUAUUGUGUUACUUGCGGAUACUAAACAACGCCUGAAUGAGAGGAUAGAAGAGUUGCGGGCAUCAUUAGAAGAGAAAGGUUUAAGGAUUAGUCGCUCAAAUACCGAGUACCUUUGUUGCGAUUUCAGUGGGACAGUCGACCAUGAGGAUAUCCAGAUCACCAUCGAUGGUCAGAAGGUGCCACAGAUGACCAGGAAAACUGCAAUUGGAAUUGAUGUUGGAACAACAUAUUCAUGUGUUGCAGCCUGGUUCGGUAAGCACAAUCGUGUUGAGAUCAUCCCUAAUGAACAAGGUAACAAAAUUACUCCGUCAUGCGUUGCAUGUGAUGGAAUAGAAAUGCUAGUAGGCGAAGCCGCUAAAAAACAAAGCAUAUGGAAUCCUAAAAACACUGUUUUUGAUGUUAAACGUUUAAUGGGAGCUAGAUUCAGUGAUGGUAUAGUGCAAAAAGACAUUGACACAAGACCGUUUAAGGUUAUUGAAGGGCCUGGGGAGAAGCCAAUCAUUGUAUUUGAACACGAGACCAUAGAAAAGAAGUUUUCACCAGAAGAAAUAUCUUCAAUGAUUUUAAAAAAUUUGAAAGAGGCUGCCGAAGCAUUUCUUGGAACAACAGUUACUGAUGCAGUGAUCACUGUUCCUGCAUACUUUAGUGAUAAGCAGCGCCAGGCAACUAUGGAUGCUGGUGUGUUGGCGGGCCUUAACGUCAUGCGCUUGAUUAAUGAGCCAACGUCAGCCGCAACUGCUUAUGGUUUAGAUAGGAGUGCUGACAUAAACUGUCCAGAAGAGAAAAAUGUUUUGAUAUUUGAUUUGGGUGGAGGAACUUUUGAUGUGUCUCUUCUUAAUAUCACCAAGGAUGGAACCAUUGCUGUUAAAGCGGUGGGUGGUGAUACUUACUUGGGUGGUGAAACCUUUGACAAGUUGAUGGUAAAACAUUGUGUUCAACUAUUGAGAGAUAAACAAGAGAAGGAUGUGAGUGAGAAUGCAAAAGCAAUGAUGAGGUUGAAGAUUGCUUGUGAGAAAGCAAAGAGGGAAUUGUCAUCAACAACUCAAACAUCGAUUAACAUUGAGUUCUUGUACGAGGGACAUGAUUUCAAAACAAGGUUCAGCAGGGCAAAAUUUGAGGAGAUAAAUGCUGGUUUUUUCAACAUGUGCAUGAAGCGUGUGGAAAAUUGUUUGCAUGAUGGAAAUAUGCACAAGAGUGAUGUUGAUGAUGUGGUAAUUGUUGGUGGGUCGACUCGGAUUCCCAAAGUACAACAAAUGCUGAUGGAGUUUUUUGAUGGGAAACCCCUUUGCAAGAGCAUUAACGCCGACGAAGCUGUUGCUUAUGGUGCUGCAGUGUUGGCUGCAAACUUAAGUGGUUGUGGAAACCAAAAGGUACAAGAUUUGAUUCUAUUAGACGUGACCCCUCUUUCACUUGGCAUCAGUGUUGACGAGAUUGAUGAUAUGAGUGUUGUGAUCCCUAGGAACACACGAAUACCAACUAUGAAGGAAGAGGUUUAUGAGACACAUAUCGACAACCAAGUAUCUGCGUUAUUUGAAGUAUAUCAGGGUGAGGGCAGAAAAACAAAAGAAAACAUUUUUCUCGACAGAUUCACUCUUCAUGAUGUUCCAGCCGCUCCCGCAGGUGAACAGGAGUUCAAGGUUUGCUUUAACAUAGAUGUUAAUGGUAUUCUCCAUGUUUCAGCUGAGAUUAUAUCCACAGGUAAUAAAAAAAGUAUCACAAUUGUUAGGAGUGGAGUUUAA